CUGUGCAUUAAUCACUUUCAUCACAUGUGUGAGACAUGAUGUGGAUUUUUCUCGUCACUCUUUCUUGGCUUUCUACAGCUCAAGCUCGCAAUUUGUGUAAAGACGUCUUCAGUGUGUGCUAUCAAAAAGCCUCCGGUCAUCGAAAUGUCCACUGGACCAGGUGUUAUGAAGAAAAAAUUUCAAACUGUAUCCAAGGUCGCCAGCAUAUGCCAAACUUCAUUCAGAAGUUGGUGAACGCAUCUCAAGAGGCAGAAGCGUGUCCCACUGACAUGCACAGGGUUCACAUCCCAUCCUCAGCUCUUCAGAGAAGCAGAAGUGAUGAAUCUCAGAUGGAGGUGGUGCUGGUUGCCACGGUGAUCAACAGCACUUACUUUACAGUCAGUAGGCCUGAAGCUAUUAAGCUGAGGCUUAACCGUCCAAAAGCAACGAGGAGAAUGGUCGUACCCGACCAGUGUGAUCACAUGCAAGGCACUGUUAUGGGAGGGUUAGUGCUGGCAGUGAGGGCAGGGAGCCAGCCUGUCGGUAACCUGCCUCAACCUAUUAAACUAACCUUCAAUCAGACCCGACAGAUGGAAUACAGGACCUGUGUGUUUUGGCAGGAGUUAGACAAUGGAACAGGUAUUUGGAGCACGGACGGCUGUAAUACCAAUGACACUGGUGCUGAGGUUAUUUGCAGCUGCAACCACCUCAGUUUCUUUGCUGUGCUAGUGAACCCUAAUUUGUCAGUGGAUGAAACUAAUUCUAUGAGUCUUAGCUACAUCACCUACAUUGGAUCAGCCCUCUCUGUUGUCUUCGCAGUGAUGAGCCUGAUCAUCUUUAUAUGUCUACAACAGCGUCGUCCAGAGAAGGUUAUCGGUGUGCACAUGCAUCUCUCAGCGGCACUGCUCUGCCUCCACCUCAGCUUCCUGUUGUGCUGCUUCUGGGUAUGGCUGAUCAACGAGGACGAUGAGGGCUAUGUUUGUCGCUUCCUGGGCCUCUUUUUGCACUGGUCCCUGAUGGCGACCUUCUGCUGGACGGCUCUGGAGGGAUUCCACCUUUACCUCCUCCUCGUCAAAGUCUUCAACAUCUACGUCAGGAGAUACCUGCUCAAACUCAGCUUGGUGGGAUGGGGUCUGCCUACACUGAUUGCAGUGGUUUGUGGAAGUCUUGGUGUUUAUGGCAAAUACAGUCUAAGCGAUGCCGAAAACCAAAAUUCAACAGCACAGAUCUGCUGGAUGAGGAGCAAGUUCACACCGAGCCUUGUGGUCCGUUACAUCACAACUGUGGCCUUUCCAUGUAUGGUCAUACUGUACAAUGCCUGCAUGCUGGGGCUGGUGGUGUUUAAGCUGUGGCGCGUUAGAGGAAGGAGUCAAGAUGCUGACAGCAGCAGUUGCUGGAAGAAGUUGAAUACAGGGAAGCGGUUAUGGAAGGACUUUGUCACAGUGCUGGGCCUCAGCUGUGUGCUGGGGUUAUCCUGGAGCUUAGCGAGCACCACGUACAUCUCCCUCCCUGGGAUCUACGUGUUCACAAUACUUAACUCCCUGCAGGGUGUAUAUCUGUUCCUGUGGUCCAUGGCUUUGACCUGCAAAUCUCGAUCCGACAAAGACUCAUCUAUGACUCACCCAUCCUCUCAGAAAAUGACCACUCUCAAUAACUGAUCAUACAUAUUUGUAUAUGGUACUGGUGUGUGUACAUACAGUACCAUCUGUUGCCUAUAAUAGGUGUUUACUGACCUUUGGACCUUUUGGUCAGACCUAGUUAACUAACAUUGAAUAAAUUUCAAUCAGGAGAGAGAAAAAAAGAGACUAAAUAAAUUAGAAUGAAUUGGAAUUUAAUUUGAACAAGAAGAGCAGAUUCUGUUGCUCGGACCAAAGCAGGAGGUAC